GUCUCUGAGCAAACAUUCCAACAGCACUCGAACGUCCUGUUCCGCGAUUUGGAAAUGGUAUUCAAGUAUCUUAGGUAAAUAAUUACAUAAUACAUUGGUACUGCAUGCAUAAUUAGGUACUGCUUACUGAAUCCCCAUCUGUCCAUCACGAAAUGGAACUAAGGGUUCGAGAACCAGCUACUCCUCGCGAGCCCCGUCGAGCAGUUCUAUCCAUCUAGGGGUAUAUAUAUGUCUCUGAAUGCCUCCUCCUCUUGAGAUCGCCACAUCAAAUAUCAAUCCGUAGAAAUCACAGUUCAACUGUAUUACUACCGUCAAGCUGGCUUCACGACUCCUCCGUUCAUCACUGCCUCGAGUCACCCCCCGCCUGUCUCAAACUUCUCGAGCAAUGUCUACAGCUACACAGAACUUAACAGUUACUACCCGCCCGUGGAACACGCGAGGACACGCUGACCACGGCUGGCUCCACACCUACCACACCUUCUCCUUCGCAUCAUACUAUGACGCAUCCUACACCUCGUAUGGACCGUUGCGCGUCAUCAACGAGGACCGCGUAGCCCCUUCGAAGGGCUUCGGUGCCCACCCCCAUGCCGAACACCUCAUCUGGACCUACGUCGUGUCCGGGGAACUGUCCCACAAAGACAGUCUCGGCAACGUCGAGACCCUCACUCGCGGCGACGUCCAGUUCACGAGCGCCGGAACCGGCGUGCGCCACAGCGAAUGGAACGGUCAUACGGAGCGCGAGGUGCACUUCCUCCAGAUCUGGGCCAAGCCGAGCACGAAAGGCCUCGCCCCGGAAUAUGUCACGCGCCGCUUCGAGGAGGCGGAGAAGCAGGACCGCUUGGCGAGGAUCAUCGACUCGGUCGACCGAGUGGGGGAGAACGCGGACAAUGCGGAGGGUCCGAUCGCCUUGCACGCCGACUUGACUAUGGAUACCACGGUUCUUUCGCCUGGUAAAAAAGUGGUGCACGACCUCGUGGCCAAAGGGCCGAGGAAGGUCUAUGUCCACGUGGUUAUGAAGGGUCGGCUUCAGCCGAAGCAGGGCGGCUCUCAGAUCAAGAUCGGAGAUAAGGUUUUGGGAGAAGGAGACGGUGCCUUUGUCGAGGGAGCGGAAGGGCCAGGAACGGUUGAAAUAGGGAAUAUCGGGGAUUCGGAGGCUGAGGUGUUGGUUUUCGACAUGGGACAAAAAUAGUGAUAUUGAAAUCGAUCCCAGGCAACAUCUUGCUUCAUCCAAAUGAAUGUAUCUAGCAUGGCGUUAAGGGAUAUGGAAAAGUCACAAAUCGAAGAAGUCAAAAAAGCUGUUGGGGAAAUAUGCUCCGUACUGCAGGUCUCAUAGGAAGCCCUAGUACUUCCUGAUAAUUAAUCGCCAUACCUAUACGGUCCGUCCAAACAUGCAAUUGUGU